AUCUGACCUUGCACAGCCAUGGGGGACUGGAACCUGCUGGGAAAGCUUCUGGAAAAAGCCCAGGAGCACUCCACCGUGGUGGGGAAGGUGUGGCUCACUGUCUUGUUCAUCUUCCGCAUCCUGAUCCUGAGUGCUGCCACAGAGAAGGUGUGGGGCGACGAGCAGUCGGGCUUCACCUGCGACACCAAGCAGCCUGGUUGCGAGAACGUCUGCUAUGACAUCACUUUCCCCAUCUCCCACGUCCGCUUUUGGGUGCUGCAGAUUAUCUUUGUGUCCACACCUUCGCUAAUCUACCUGGGACACAUUCUCCAUCUGGUGAGGAUGGAGGAGAAGCACAAGGAGAAAGAGAAGGAGAGAGACAAGGAACAUGCACAUCAUUCAGACAAACAGGUCCUCAUUGGGGAUACUAAACACAAGAAAGCUCUGAUAAGGGACGAGAAGGGACGAGUGCGCCUGCAGGGGGAGCUCUUGCGCACGUAUGUCUUCAAUGUAAUCUUUAAGACACUGUUUGAGGUGGGCUUCAUCGUGGCCCAGUACCUCCUGUAUGGCUUCGAGCUGAAACCCAUGUAUACAUGUGACAGACCACCCUGCCCCAAUGUGGUGAACUGCUACAUAUCCCGGCCCACAGAGAAAACCAUCUUCAUCAUCUUCAUGCUGGGAGUGGCCAGUGUUUCUCUGUUCCUCAACCUCAUAGAGAUCUACCACUUGGGCUUCACCAAGUGCCGCCAGGGCAUCACCUUCAGGAGAGGUGUCCCCUCCCCUGAGGGUAUCUCCAAGGAGCCCAGCGAGGCGGCGGUGCCAUUUGCGCCCAGUUACGAAGACUACUUCCACGAGCACCGCCAAGUCCAGCCCGCUUACCCACCGGUGCCCAGCUACAACCUGUCCCCACUGGCUGCCGACACAGACUCGUCCUUCCACCCCUACCACAGCAAGGCGGCCUACAAACAGAAUAAGGAUAACUUGGCAGUGGAGAGGAGCAGCAGCAAGCCAGAGGAAUGCGACCUGAAAGGGAAGAAGGGAGCAGGAUCGGCCCCUGGGUCACCUACGCAGGCCAGGCCCGGCCAUGGUGCCAAACACAGCAGCAACAAGACUAGAAUAGACGAUCUGAAGAUAUGAGGAGGUUUAUGUUUCUCUGAGGGGUCUUAAAUUGCUGAGAGGGGAUCAUAUGUUGUUUGGACGCAUUCAUACAUGCUGUACCGACUCCUCUCUUAAAGAUGGCACAGAUUUGUCUCAUUCCAGCUUAGAGGGGAGUGACAUUUAUAGGGCACACAGAGGACAUUCAAGCGUACUGUAAUGUUUAAAGACUGAUUCCUAUUGAACUUUCCCGCUCAAAGAAAAUCUGUCGUCAUUUCAUCCUUUACUGAGAACUUUUAAUUCUGGGAAACCUAAUUGGAUUUUCACAUUGGUGUUUCCUGUAUUCAAAUUACAACUUACAAUCGAACAAAGACAACAACAAAAAUACAAUUUGCUCAGGUUUGUAUUGAGCUCUUUAUUAUUUUUAAUUUAUCAUUUAAAUGUGUGGGAAAAACCCCAGAAUUCAGGGCAGGAAGUUGUUCAUCACUGACCUGACCUCAUUUAAGGGAAAUCAGAUAGGGCGAAUAGUUAAAUUUAACUUCCUCCAACAGUUUUGAGGUCAUCAUCUAGCAUAGUUCACUUGCAUAGACUUGAAGCGAAGAGUUGUGCAAUACCUGACAACACAUUACAUGCUGGAAUCUGUAUUUAUUCCAGAAAAACAAAUUGCACUGGUCUCAGGAGUUCCCACAUUUGUACUGUCUUCUUCUACUUCUUUUUUUUUAAAUUGCAACAGCCCGCUAGUACAUAAUUAUAAUCACAUUGUUUUGUUUAUCCCUGUUUAGAUCUGUAUUUGUGUCGUUUGUUUCCUGUAAAGCACUUGGGUGACAACCAUGUUUGAAAAAAACUGCUUGAAAAUAAACCUGUCUUAAAUUUG